AAACUCCUCCGUACUCGUUCGGGUCAUUUCCCCAAAUCGACACUGGUCCUCAAAACACUUCAAAAAAGAGAGAGAGAAAUUUUCAAGGGCAAACAAAGGGAAAAAAAAACGCCGUCAAUUCGCCGUCAAAUUCUCCUCUCCGACGAUCGUAAGCCGCUGGAUCCAUGACGGUCGCUAACGGAGCUAGGGUUCCGUCUCUGCCGGAGCCUGCUGCCGUCGGGAAAUGAGCUUUUUGAUUGCUGCCGUAGGUUUUGGGGUUCGCUUAGUCAACGGUCGAGAUUUCGUCUACGAAUGGAGGGAAGCAGCAGCAGCCUAGGGUUUUUUCUCGCUCGGGGUUACGCCGAUGGAUUAUGAUGAGAUUGAUUUUCAAAGCCAGAAUUUCCAGCUAGUUGGAGAAGAGAACAAAUUUCCUCCUAGUUUACGGUCAUUUCCUCUACCGAAAUUUGAUUUUGACGAGCAUCUUCAGGUUCAUCUCAGAUUUGAUAGUCUAGCUGAGACAGACGUUUUACUUGGUAUACAAGGUCAAGACAAUAAUUGGAUUGAGGAUUUCUCAUCUGGAACAAGUGCGAUAGAAUUCAGUUCAAGUGCUGCUGACAAUUGCUCAAUUUCUAGGCAUAACAAUGUAUGGUCUGAGGCUACUUCAUCUGAAUCUGUUGAAAUGCUGCUGAGAUCUGUUGGAGAAGAUGAGAUGAGGGAUAAAAAAGUUGAAGCCAUGGAAGCAGAUGCGCAAAAUGUAGUGAAUGAAAUGAUUGACCAAAUGGAUCCUGCUUCAAGGCAAGUCGAUGACCACAGCACUGUAGUAGGGGAUAUCAUAAAAAGUCCAGUGUUGUCACCUGAUAAAUUUCAGAGAAACUUAUCCGGUGCAAGUGAAAUAUCUGGUGCAAAAUCAGAUGCAAGUUCCUUGGGAGAUAAAUUUCACACUAAUAGAAAGAGCGGUGGUGGGCAAUGCAUGGAAGCUGACAAUGUUUCUCAAUCAUCAGAUGAUACCAGUAAAAAUGGUUCAGUAAUAAGUGAAUCCUUGUGCAAUUCGGUACAUAAUGUGGAACCUUUGGGUACAGGAUCCAUGAAGGCGUAUGAUGCUCGUUGUUGGGAUGCGAGUAAGGUAGCUAGAAGAAGUCCCGAUACUAUUGCUUGUAGGGUUACUCAAGAGAAAUUAGUGGAAAAGCACACUGUUAUUAACAUGACCGAGAGGUCAGAUUUGCAUGUGGAUGAUGCACAGAAUGAGAUAAGUCCAAUGUCAAGAGAUCCCGCAGGGAAUGAGCAGUUCUUGGAGAGCCAUGGAGUAGAAAGUCAACUUUGUAGUAGAGGAAAUACUUCCAUUGUGCAGCCAACUAGGGAUUCUUUUGUACUGAUGAGUGAAAGAUAUAACAUGAGUGGAUAUUCUGAGAAACCUGAUGGCUUGCUGGAAGCCAUUACUUACCAAGUAAAGGCUAAAAAAUUUGAUAAUAAGACAGGUGAUAGAAGUUCAAUGCCGGCGAAUGAGGUGAUAUCACUAGAAAAUGCAGGAGAGAGGUCUAUUGAAAAAGAUUAUGUUGAUAUCAGCAAGGAAAAUAUUCCUAGCCAGCGGACUGACCACGAUGAGAAAGGGAUAGGACAUACCUCAGAAGCUGCAGUAGAGGCAAAUGCUUCAACUCGGAUGAAUUCUGAAACACAAAGGACAGAGACAAAAGAUGAAAAUAUGUUGCAAGUUAAUAAUCUAGGUGCCCAGACGCCUGAUCCAGUUUUUGUGCAGAAGAAUGUUGAAGCUGCAGUUGUUAAAGAUGUUGAGGGAUCUGGCUGUAAAUUUAUUGCAUCAGAAAAUGUUAUGUUAGAUGAAUCUCCUUUGCCUGCUGUACUUAACAAUCCUGAUGUUAAGAUUUCAUCCCCUGUUCCUGGCAAAAUACACAAGAUGACUGAGCAAUCUGAUGUUCACACGUUUUCUCUGGAGUCUUCUGCUGGACAGAGGUAUGUUGGGCCAUCCAUGAGUCCUGGUACUACAAAUUUGAACGGUGACGAUCUUGUUGUCUUGGGGAAGGCAAAAUUUGCCACAUCUUCUGGACAAAAUUCUGACAAUGUGGGAAUUGCUAGUGUCUCUAGAGCCAAACAUUUGGUACAUGAUGAAUCAGCAGCCAGUAAAACUGCUCCAAUGGCUGUUGGAUUACCUUCCAUUGUUGCGGAGGAAAGUAAACAAGUGACUUCACCAAAGUUACUUGAACCGGAUUCCAUUUAUUCUGACGUGAAAGAAGUGAAAAUAACAGGAACUGUAUCUGUUUCUGUUUUGAAAUGUAAAUCAGAUGCUCUAUUACCAGUUGUGCCAGUUGUAACAUCUGAUUCAGUUGUCACUGAUAGUUCAUUAGCUAGAGAUAUGGCACCGGAUGUCCCAGUCCCAGGUGUCAAGGUCGCUGUUCUUGACGAAACAAUUCAGUUGCAUCAGUCAGAAGAUACCUCCACUGCAGAUACAGUUCCAGAACGGUAUGAGGGGGCAGCAUCAGUUCAAUUUUCAUCAGAAUUCAUUCCGUCCAAUGAUAAAGAAGAUAAAACUUCUGCAGUCACUAGUUUAACUAAAUCGGAGGGUAAUGUGGACAAUACACCACUUACUGAGUCUAAUAUUGGUGAACAUAGUCCUCUCAGAAGCAUAGACAAUCGUCAACCUGCUUUGGUGGAUCAGCCUUUAUCUUAUGUGGAAGCCUCCAUUCCAUGCCAGAGACUUCAAUCGUUGGUGGAUAAAACAAUCAUCCAUGAGGAGGCUACAUCAGUUGUAGAAAACCUUGUCGUCCAUGAUCCCCCUGUAGAAAGAAAGGACCCCUCUAAUAAAUCAGAAGCUUCUUCGCAUGAAAACGAAGAGACAGUUUCUGCGAAAAUGACCAGCCAUGGUGAAGGACGAAUGCUGCCAGAGACUCCAUCUGUUGAAAAAAAUUCUGUUACUCUGGUUAAAGCUGGUGUCAACGCAUCAACCACAUUGUCUGAAAGCAACGGAAAAGCCCAGUUGACAGUUGAAACGGUUAAAGGACAUGCUCAAAAUGAGCAAGAAGUAGGAAAUGCUAAACAAGUUGAGCACACUACUUCUGAUCUGAAGAAGAGUAUUGCAUCUGAAGAUGACAGAACCUUCACAUUUGAGGUUCAAAGAGCAGAAGAGCUGUCUGGAAAUAGCAUAGGCGAUCAAUGGAAGCCUUUUACCAUUAUGCAGUCGCCUGAACUUUCUGAGGGUUGUCGUUCAGAACAUGUAGAAGGGAAACGUCGUAGCAGGAGUAGAAAAACAACUUCUGAGGAUAAACCUACUCAUGCAACUAAAUCUUCAAAUGAAAAACAAACCACAUCUAAGGGAAGGCCUGCGAAACGAACAUCAGUGCGUAAGAAAUCUACCGAUAGUGUUGGAAAAUCAUGUGCUACCUCUUCUGCACCUGUUGGAACUGUAGGCAGUGGCAUGCAGUUAGAAGCAGUACAACUAUUCACUGAGAGCAAUCAUAAGAAAUCAUCUGCUUCACCAAUUGUUCAGCCAGCAGGCAUGCCUGAGUCAAACUCUUCUGCUUCAUCCACAACAUUAGUUCAACAACCUUUCACUGAUCUACAGCAACUACAGUUGCGUGCACAAAUAUUUGCUUAUGGAUCUUUAAUUCAAAGUAUCCCUCCAGAUGAGGCCUGCAUGCAGUCAGCCUUUGGAGCAACUGAUGCUGGAAGGAGCUCGUGGGAGAGUGUGUGGCGCAAAUCAGUUGAAAGGUAUCAAACUCAAAAGUCACCAGUUAACCCUGAGACUCCUCUUGAUUCUCAUUCAGCUGCGGGGGCACCUAAACAAGUAACAAAGCGCAGCUCACGGCAAAGUAAAGCUGUGAGUGCUUCUUCAAGUAGGUCCGUUGGUAAAGUUAUUGCCCCUGCAGUUUUAAGUUCCACACCACCUUUACCAUCGCCUCUGUGGAGCGUGUCUACUCAUGAUGGAUUACCCUGUAAUUUGCCGAGAGGUGCGAAGCUGGACUUUAGUCAAGCUCUGUCUCCAUUGCAUUCUUAUCCAUCUUCACAGAAAAGGCAGUUCACUAGUAGCAGUAUGCCUUGGCUGCCGCUAAACCCUCGUCCUGGGCCCUGGGCUGUCUCUGCCCAGAGUCCAACCCUUAAUGCUGCUACUCAGUAUUCAACAAAGCUGGUUGUUGAAACUCUUCAAGUAACAGCAGCGAAAGAAUUAUCCAUGGGACAUGCUGCUAGUGUGCAGCUUGUGUCCCCAAGUACUCUGCUGCCUACUCCAUGUUCUACGAGUGUUCCUCCAGCAUCAUUUGUUCAACUAGAAACGCAAAAGCAGUCAGCAAGUCCUGGUAGUAAUAAGAAAGCUUCUAGCAUCCAGAAACCUAGAAAGAUGAAGAAGGUUGUGGCAACUGAGGAUUUUACUGAAAUCAUUCCAGUUUCUCAAUCUUCUAUGGAACCUGCUUGUACUACAACUGUUUCUAAAACCCUGCCUUCUGCAUCACCAGGCCUGCUGUUAUCUGCUAUACAACCUGCUUCUGCUCCUAAUGUUCCUAAAACUCUGCCGUCCGCAUCAGAACGCUUGCCAUUAUAUAAUUAUACUCCCCCAAAAGUUGCUUCUCAGCCCAUUGUUUCAGCUGCCACCCAUAUUUCUCCUCCUCAAAAUCAGGUAAUAGUCAGUGCUAAUGCUGAGCAGAGGGUCAUUGUUUCAGAAGAGACAGGCAAUAAAAUUGAGCAGGCUAAGCGGCAAGCAGAAGAUGCUGCUGUAGUUGCUGCUUCAGUGGUAAGUCAUAGUAAAACUAUAUGGAAUCAGUUAGCUGCUCAGAGGAACUCUGGACUAGUUACAGAAGUCGAAGAGAAGCUUGCUUCUGCAGCUGCUAAGCUCGCAUCGAAUGCUGCUUUACAGGCAAAGAUGAUGGCAGACGAAGCUCUAGAUUCAGCUAAAACAAGGAGCCUAGCACACAGUUCUGAAGCGAUCUUUGAUGCUGAGAAGAAUUUCGCAAGGCUCUCUCCUGGGUCAAUUCUGAAUGGCAAGGACAAAGUGCAUGGUUCUAGUUCAAUCAUUUCUGCUGCACGGGAGGCUACCAGAAGAAGGGUUGAAGCAGCUUCUGCUGCCACAAAACGAGCAGAGAAUUUAGAUGCUAUAAUGAAGGCUGCAGAACUAGCUGCAGAAGCUGUAUGCCAAGUAGGGACAAUAAUUGCAAUGGGAGAUCCAUUGCCUAUCAAAUUAAGUGAAUUGGUAGAAGCUGGUUCAGACUGUUCUUGGAAAGCUAACUGCCCAACCUCAGAGAUGCCUAACAUAGCAAACAAACUGCCUGAGGAGGAGCAGAAAGACUUGGGUCACAAGGGUCAUGAUCACGUGCAGACACCUUCUAACAAAGUAAAUGCUGUUGAAGAUGAGACAUUUCAUGAUGAGCAGCCCAUACAGUCUGCAGUUAAGUGCAAAGUGGGCUUAACUGGCUUAGGGAGUGGAGUAGGUAAUCCAUCAACUCUUCUGAAUGAUAGCCAUGAAAGAAAUCAGUCAUCAGGCAAUCUGAAGGAAAAUGCCAUACAAAAGGGAUCUGUUGUUGAGGUUAUGUCUGAUAAGGAAGGUCUUAGAGGAGGCUGGUUUUCUGCACGCGUUCUUGAUUUAAAAGAUAAUGAAGCUUAUGUCUGCUACAGCAAUCUUCUUUCUGAUGAUGGAUCUGGUCAGCUUAAGGAAUGGGUGUCACUUGACAGUGAAAGAAAUAGAGCUCCUAGAAUUCGGAUUAUGCAUUCUGUGGUCUCAACAAAGUACGAUGGAACAAGGAAGCGGCGAAGGGAGGCUGUAGGUAAUUAUGUAUGGGCUGUUGGUGAUAGGGUGGAUGCUCGGAUGCACGAUGGAUGGUUUGAAGGGACUGUGAUUGAGAAGAGCCAAGUCGAUGAAACAAAGCUUACAGUGCAAUUUUCAGCUGGGGGUCAUUCGUCGCUGGUUCGGGCCUGGGACCUUCGGCCAUCACUCACUUGGAAGGAUGGUCAAUGGAUAGAGUGGUCUCGUGCCAGAGACAAUACGGCGCAAUCUUACAAGGGCGAUACUCCCCAUGUGAAACGACCAAAGUUGAGCAGAGUUGACACCAAGGUUGAUGCAGAAGUUGACGGCACAGGGAUAAGUAAUUUUUUCGAGAAAAUGCCUGCAGAGUUUUUAGGGAAAGCAGAGGAGACAGGACCACUGAAUUUAUCUGCAAAGGAUACAAUUUUUUCUGUGGGAGAGAAUGCGAGUGGAGCAAAUAUUUCUGAUGCACUGAAAGGGAAGCGGACUGGCUUACGAAAAGAAGGAUCUGGGGUUGUAUUUGGUGUUCCAAAGCCUGGAAAGAAAAGGAAGUUUAUGGAAGUAAGCAAACAUUAUGGUUCUGAUAAGACCAACAAGACAAGUCAAGGAGCUGAUUCCCUUAAAUUUGCUAAAUAUUUAAUGCCUCAAACAUCCAGACCAUGGAGAAAUACUUCUAAGGUGGAUUCAAAAGUAAAACAGGGUGGGGACAGUAAGUCCAUAGGAGUUAAAUCCAUUAAAUCUCAAACUACUCAAACUAGAACUACAUCUGAAAAAGAGAAUCUUUCACUCACCACUGCUUCGAAUGGUGACAAAAAUGGUCAUGGGUCUUCAUCAAAUAUGACACCUGGUUUUAGCAAAGAGGAAAACAAUUUAGAAAAGAAUUCUCUAGAAGCUGUUUCUUUCCUUAACAGCCUUCAGACAAAUGAGAGCCUGGUUCCUUCAUCUGUUUCGUCUCUAUCUACUGUCCGUGCUUCGAAGAAGAAGUCUUCAGCAGUUGAAGCAGAACAACGUGUAAAAGGAAGGCCUACUCCUUUGGAUAAGUCCAUCAGAAACGAAAAGAAGCCCACAGAGAACCAUGGAACAUCAUUUGCCGAUGCCGUCGAACCAAGGAGAUCCAAUCGUCGAAUCCAACCAACUUCAAGGCUACUGGAAGGAUUGGAAAGCUCUUUAACCAUUUCAAAGAUACCCAUCUUUUCGCAUGAUAAAAGUUCGAAAGCUCUGCAUAAAGGUUCAAGAGGGAAUACUCGUGGUUGAUUGGAGCUCAGUCUUGAUGUCACAUAGUCUUUGUGAUGUCCUGUGUGACAGAAUACAAGGUUCAGUAGUUUAGAAUUUUGUACAUAAAAUACAGAUAUAGCCUUUUAGGGGAUGAAAUUUGGAAGUUUGAUCUCUCGUUGUCAGAUGUAAGACGUUAUAUGCUUUCUAACUAAGUUAUCAUCGUGGCAUCAUCAUGGUUUUCUA